ACCGAACCGAGAUGGCGGAGGAGGGGGCGGACAGCACCCCGCUACUGCAGGAGCGGGCCCAAGCCGGACCAGGCCCCGUUCCUGCGUGUUGCUCCACUCGCUACAAUUUAGCAAUAUUGGCCUUCUUUGGAUUCUUCCUUCUCUAUGCACUACGAGUGAAUCUAAGCGUCGCUUUAGUGGACAUGGUGGAAUCAAACACAAGUUUACCAACAAACGCAACUUCCAGGGUGUGCCCUGAUCAUUCUGCUCACAUAGAUGUUGCUCAUAGUGGAAAGGGAAAGAAAUACCCUUGGGAUGCUGAAACUCAAGGAUGGAUCCUCGGUUCUUUCUUCUACGGUUACAUCAUCACUCAGAUCCCUGGUGGAUACGUUGCCGGUAGAGUGGGUGGGAAGCUGUUGUUGGGAUUUGGCAUUCUUGGCACGGCGGUUUUCACCUUGUUUACGCCCCUCGCUGCAGAUUUAGGGGUUGGCUUCCUCAUUGCAGUCAGAGCAUUGGAAGGCCUGGGAGAGGGUGUUACGUUCCCCGCGAUGCAUGCCAUGUGGUCUUCUUGGGCUCCCCCUCUAGAGCGCAGCAAGCUUCUUAGUAUUUCUUAUGCAGGUGCACAACUAGGAACAGUAGUGUCUCUUCCGUUGUCUGGUUUAAUUUGCUUCCACAUGAAUUGGAUUUAUGUCUUCUACCUUUUUGGUACAGUUGGCGUCUUUUGGUUCGUUUUAUGGAUCUGGUUGGUUAGCGAUACACCAGGCACUCACAAGACCAUCUCCCAGUCUGAAAAGGAAUACAUCCUUUCAUCCCUUAAAAACCAGCUUUCUACCCAGAAAUCAGUGCCAUGGAAACCCAUGCUGAAAUCCACUCCACUUUGGGCUAUUGUUGUUGCACAUUUUUCUUACAACUGGACUUUUUAUACUUUAUUGACAUUACUGCCGACCUAUAUGAAGGAGAUUCUUCGAUUUGAUGCUCAAGAGAAUGGAUUUUUAUCUGCCCUACCUUAUUUUGGCUGUUGGUUGUGUAUAAUCCUAUCUGGUCAAAUUGCUGAUUACUUACGGGAAAAGUGGAGAUUUUCCACCGUUUGUGUCCGCCGAACAUUUAGCCUAAUAGGAAUGAUUGGGCCUGCAGUUUUCUUAGUAGCGGCUGGAUUCAUAGGUUGUGAUUACUCAUUGGCAGUUGCCUUCCUAACCAUAUCAACGACGCUAGGAGGAUUCUGUACUUCUGGCUAUGGCAUUAACCACCUGGAUAUUGCUCCGUCGUAUGCUGGUAUCCUUCUUGGCAUCACAAAUACAUUUGCUACUAUCCCAGGAAUGGUUGGACCAGUCAUUGCCAAAAGCUUAACUCCUAAUAAUACCGUGGAGGAAUGGCAGAUGGUGUUCUAUAUUGCAGCUGCUAUUAAUAUAUUUGGAGCCUUUUUCUUCACACUCUUUGCCAGUGGUGAAGUCCAGGACUGGGCUCUAAACGGCUAUCACAGGCACACAAACUGAAAGUCCCGGUGAAAAAGUACGGCUGGACCGAUUCACUUUGCUGGGACUCCAGGACCUGAAAGUGCCUUUGACGUCUAGUGCGUAAGGAUCCCGCACAGUCCAUUUCAGUUGUCUACUUUUAAGACUUGUAACCAAGAGUGGAGGUCUGUCUCCCUAAGACACAGUGCUACCCCUUGGGCAUAGUCUAAACGAAUAUUUUAAAGUAUUUAAUGAAAUGAUCUUUCUAGGACUUUUAAAUUCCAAUCCACAGAUCUAGAAACCAACAGAGAUCAGCAGUCUGGCUGCGGCACUCUACGGGGAGGGUCCGGCUUUUUAUUUAUGCAGAUGCCUCUUGGGAGAUUGAGUGUGGACGUGCCAGCAAAUUUGGUGGAAGUGCGUGACUGUCUGGGAGGACAUGUUCACACCUACACUGCCCUCCUGCAGAUUCUACAAUGGCUGUCCCCAGGGUUCAAAAUGAAGUUACUAAGCCACUCCUGGCAGUCAUCAAAUCCUGCUCAGCAACCGGGUUGGACAGAAUCCCUCCCUGGCCAAGGCACCUGCCCAUUAUCUGUUUGCUUCAGCCCAUACAGGUGCAGCCAAAACUAUUCUGCAUAGGCAGUUUAUCCUCAGAUCCAAGAACAGGACAUAGGUUUCCUCGCCAGUUAACUCACACCUAGGAAAAAGCCUGUCACCUUUGGCGUGAGAGCCAAGUGUCGGGGGAGUACUGACUUGCACUUCAUACGUGGACAAUCCUUCUCUAAGCUUAAAGGUUGGCUGGCAAAUAACUCAGAGCUCUGGUUAUUGGUGACCAAUAGAUGAGGUGUGUGGUGCCUCUACUGUAAUUUGGGAUCAGCGUCUUGUGGGGCAGAAAAGUGUUGCCCCUACACAUUAAUCACUGACAUACUGUAAGAACGAAAACAGGCUACGCGUAUCUGUCCAUUAUUCACUACACUGGCUUCCAAAAAGUUUCAGGUGGCAACCCAAGGUGCAGAGGAUUUGAAAUCCAGGAAGCAUGUGAGACUGGUACUACUGGUUUCUGUGGUUUAAAAGUCUACUGGCAGCGGCAGUGGAACCUUUCCCCUGAUGGGUUCUCGGAUUUUCCAGCCAGGGCUUGCGGAGCCUGCUGUAAAGGGCAUUUGUUCGAAUCAUGCCCUGGUUGAUUGUUUUAUGUUCCCUCAUGUUCUGUUUGUGUAUGACACAAGACCUGCCAGAACCCUGGCCAUCAUCCCUUUUUAAUGCUCUCUGUUGUGGACAGUUUAUUUUUUAAAUUUGUAAAUAGCUUCCGGUUACCAUGGUGAUACUGCUUUUAUAAAUCAUUAAAAUGUUGAUUAUAAAACCA